UCAGUCUAAAUCGAUAAUUCAAGAUUUGGCAAUCCAGAUUAAAAAUUUUUUAAAGUGAAUCACCUUAGACCAAGCCAAUGACUGCUGAUAGGUUGAAUACGACGAUUUUCAUUGUUGACAUACUGCAUCUAAUCAAAAAAAAAUUUCCUGCAGCAGUUGAUAAAUCAAACCCGUGGUGUCUACAUUCUAAUAAUUCUACGCUAUUUUGUUAAUUAAAAAUAUAAAAGAUUAUCAAAUAUGUCUAAAAUUCAGCCUUUAAAGCCAGAAUUGCAAAGAAUUGCCAAUGAAGAAUUAAAUGAAAUUCCUCAGAGAAUACCAAAUUAUUUACAAAAAUUAAAGCAAUGGAUAACAGAUCAGUCACAUCUUAAAGCCCGAACUGAUGAUCAAUUUCUAGUGCAAUUCCUUAGACACAGCCAUUACAAUUUGGAAGAGGCUAAACGAAGAAUCGAAGUGUUCUUAACAUACAAAACAAAAUUUCCAAGUGAAGUACAGUUCGUUAGCAACAGAUUUCGAGAAAUUUAUAAUUUGGGUUGUGUUACACCGCUGCCUAUCCCCCUAAAUGAUUGUGGUUCCCGGAUUGUAUUCUACCGCUAUUUGUAUUCCCCCAAAAUCUAUCGAAUUGAAGAAAUUUUGGUUGUAUGCAACGCAUUGAAUGAGUCGCUUAUCCUUAGCGAUCCUUAUGCUUGUAUAUGUGGCAUUAUCUUUGUUUUUGAUAUGUCCUCCGCCUCAAUGGCACACAUUCGGCAUUAUACCCCAGCUGUUGUACGGCGCCUUGUGGAAUUCUAUGAAAAAUCCCUACCCCUAACAAUUCGCAAAAUUUGUUUUGUCAAUGUUCCAUUGGGAGCGGAACAUUUGUUCAAAUUGCUUUCACUCUUCCUUGGCGAAGAACUGAGGCGCAGGCUUUUCAUUUGCGGUCAAAAUAUGACUAAACUAACUGAACAGAUUCCCCAGAAGUAUUUACCUGAAGACUAUGGUGGCUCCAAUGGCAACUUGGACCAACUUGUUAAAGAUAAUGACAAAAUUUGGAAUGUAAAUCAUAAAUAUUUUGAAGAGGACUACAUGUACGGUAUAAUUCAAAAUAGACACCCAAGGAAAGCAAAUGAUAUUGGUGGUCUAUUAAAAAAUUCUUAGAAUUUUUUACUAAAGACAUAAAAUCCAUGAAAAAGUUUGAUGCCACGAAUUGACGAUUUAUUGUAUCGCUUAGUCACGCUUUAAGUUUUUGCAAACCCAUAAAAAACCUCUCUUCGCCUCAAUGGUAGUUAAAGAAGGCUUAUGUUCUUAAUUUCCCGCAAAACUAUUCCAAUACAUUUGGAAUAUGGUCUUAAUUCCAAACAUGUUCGGCAACUGUUUAUUUAUUUAACCACAAGAAGACACUCUUAUACUCAUGCGCUCCAAAGGUAAUUA